AUGACUAUUUUAGGAUCACUUUCAACCAUGGGUAAUGUUAAGCCAACCUCGAUGACAAGAAGCUCAUUCGGUGGCAGCAGUUUCGGAGGAUCAUCACAAUCCGCCAACAACGUUGCAUGUGGUGGUUGCGGUGGAAAUGGAAUCAACAUCGAUGCCAAUGUCAAUGUUAACUUGGGUGGUCUUCUCGGUGGUGUUGGUGGUCUUCUCGGUGGUGUCUUGGGAACCGUUGGUGGUCUCCUUGGUGGUGGUGGAUGUCACACCUGCCCAUAA